UGUCGGUAUAAAGGGCGGUACGGUACGCUCCAGCCGCAGCUUCCAGAAACGCCGUGACCAGACGCGUCUUCGGCACAGCGCACACGAUUAAACGGUUUUGUGUGUCGCAGGGAGGUCGCAGUUUAAGAGCAGAACAUUGCUUCAGAUGUUUUACGGUGUCAGGAUGGGCUGCCCUUCCGUGCUGUGUGCGAGUGUGAUACUGGCCCUGUGCCACUGGGGGGUGCCGUCUCUGGCCUCCACCUACGGCGAGCGCGGCUCGGACCUGGGCAUGCGGGUGUUCCAGGAGGUGGUGCGUUCGCGGCCGCAGGAGAACGUGGCGCUCUCGCCCCACGGCGUGGCCAGCGUCCUGGGCAUGCUGCUCCCCGGGGCCGACGGAGAGACCCGCCGACAGAUCCUCACGGCCCUCCGCUACAAGAAGAGCGGUCCUUACAAAAUGCUCAAGAGGUUGCAUAAGGGGCUCACCACCAAAUCCAACCAGGACAUGGUGCUGAUCGCCAACGGCCUGUUCAGCCAGGAGGGCGUUGUGCUAGAGGAGCCCUUUGUGUCCGCAAACACGGCCAACUUCCAGUGCCACAGCCAGAGCCUGGACUUCUCCCACACGCCUGCAGCUGCAGCCGCCAUCAACGACUGGGUCAAGAACCAGACCAAAGGGAUGAUCUCCAGCGUGAUUGAGCCUGACAUGCUGGACCCGGCCCUGACCCGCUUGGUCAUGGUCAACAGCAUCUUCUUCAAGGGUCUGUGGAAGUCCCGCUUCCUGCCCGAGAACACCAAGCUGAGGAACUUCAACCCCAGCGAUGGGGUCAUGUACAAGGUCCCCAUGAUGUCACAGCUGUCCGUCUUCAACAUUGGCCACGCCAGCACCCCCCAGGGGUUGAAGUACAAGGUCAUCGAGCUGCCGUAUCAUGGCAACAGCAUCAGCAUGCUGAUCGCCCUGCCGACAGAGGACAACACCCCCGUCUCCGCCCUCCUGCCCCAUCUCAACACCUCCACCCUGCAGGGCUGGACCAAGCUGCUCACGCAGAGGAAAGUGCGUCUGCUACUGCCCAAGUUCUCUGUGGAGGCGGAGGUAGAUCUGGAAUCCCCCCUCUCUGCAGUGGGAGUUGGCGAUAUGUUCCGCCAGAACAAGGCCAACUUUAAAUACCUCAGCUCUGAGCCGCUGUACGUGUCCAAGGCGCUGCAGAAAGCCAAAAUCCAGGUGAAUGAAGAUGGGACAAAAGCCUCAGCUGCAACAACUGCCAUUCUGCUGGCCCGGUCGUCCCCUCCCUGGGUGAUCGUGGACCGGCCGUUCAUCUUCCUCAUCCGGCACAACCUCACAGGUACCGUCCUCUUCAUGGGUCAAAUCAACAAGCCCUGAACCUCAGAACACGCAAGAAGCAGGACUGCAUAUUUCUCCAAUACCCAGAGACACGUUUCACACGGGGUGUGUGUGUAAUGCUCUGAUUUUAAAAUGUACUUUUUCUUUUUCUAAUGCUGAAUUGUUUUAUUAAGAGGGAAAGUAUCUGCUGGCCCGGGCGGCCUUCCUGUUAUUGUGAAAUACUUUGAGAUAUUUUUAACCUAUAUCUGAGUGUUUGUCCUAUGCAUUAAACGUUUUUAAGUUCUUAAACACUGGGUGAUGUCAUUGUGCACCAGGAGAAUGUGAUCUGAUUGGCUGCCGUUUCACCAACUGAAUUUCUUUUGCAUGAGGGGUACGUCUCAAACGUUGGGUUUUGAAUUGGGUUCCGUUGCAGCCUACGGGUGGGAACAUUUCUGACUCCGAUCGAGUAGCAGCCGCUGGUGUGGGGUGGGCUGGGGCUCGCAUGGAUAUUGCACGGCCCUCCUGGAAUAAACACGGCACAUCCUCGCAUGCUUUCACACACCGCCAACGGCAGUAACACUCUGAAUCCUCAACACCUAUUCUUCCUCUGUAGAACGAUGAUCAGGCCAGAGUCAGGGACCUGAUACAGCCAUGCCGUGUUCUUUUGUACUGAAUACCGUUGACAUUCGCAUUCCACAGGCCAUGAUGUAUAAAUACGACCCUUUUUCAGUGUUGGGUGUGUACAGGCCUCCUGCUCUGCAGCAAUGUGUAAUGGUCAAAUUGUGUGUGAGGGGGUGGAAGUACAUCUGCUUCCCUUGUUAAUGUUCACACUGUGCACAAUGUUUAAUAAAGCAAUCUGUAAACUGUAAAAAA